UCAUUAUGGAGAUGACAAAGCUCCCAGUGAGGACGGAUAUAUAAAGUAUACUGACUGAUGCUAAAGCACAUCAAGCAGCUUUUCCAGGGGGAGCAAACAUGAUGUCCAAGAUCAUCUUCUACGAAGACAAAAACUUCGGUGGUCGUCACCAUGAGUGCAUGAGUGACUGUUCCGACCUGCACUCUUACUUCAACCGCUGCCACUCCAUCCAUGUUGAGAGUGGCAACUUUAUGGUCUACGAUCGUCCUAAUUUCUUGGGAAACCAGUACUUCCUGAGGAGGGGGGAGUAUUCCGACUACCAGCGCAUGUUCGGAUGGAACGACUGUGUCAGGUCCUGCAGGAUGGUCCCUAUGCACCGUGGCUCUUACAGGAUGAGGCUGUAUAACCGCAGGGACUUUGGUGGCCAAAUGAUGGAGCUGAUGGACGACUGCCCCAACACCAUGGACCGCUUCCACAUGUCUGACUUCAUGUCCUGCAACGUGAUGGACGGCCACUGGCUGAUGUACGAUCAGCCCAACUACAGGGGCAGAAUGAUGUACAUGAGGCCUGGAGAGUACAGGAACUUCAGAGACUGGGGAUGGGGAUCAAACUUCAGGAUUGGCUCCAUUCGCAGAAUGAUGGACGGCAUGAUGUAGGAGUUGCCACUGAAAUGUCUCUUGUAGGCUGUUUUACAUUUUUUAAAAUGACAUGUAAUGACAUAUUAAAUUACAUGUCUUCUCCA